AUGGCCCAUCCGAACCCCGCGUCGACCCCGGCGCCCCUCUAUUUGACCGGCAACAAGGAUGGUCUCCGCGAUUUCUUGAACAAGUUCGACGUCUUUUUGUUCGACUGCGACGGCGUUCUAUGGUCUGGCGACCACAUUUUCCCCGGAACAGUCGAGACGCUGGAGUUAUUACGCAAGAAUGGCAAACAAGUGGUAUUCGUGACGAACAACAGCACAAAGUCCCGCGCGGACUACUGCAAGAAGCUGCAAAGUCUUGGAAUCCCAAGUACAGUGGAAGAGGUCUUUUCAUCUUCGUACAGCGCCUCAAUAUACAUUUCGCGCAUCCUUGACCUGCCAAAGGAUAAGAAAAAGGUUUUCGUGAUCGGUGAGACUGGAAUUGAACAGGAACUGCGCGCCGAGAAUGUUCCCUUUAUCGGCGGUACGGACCCGGCAUACCGCCGUGACAUCCAGCCCCAAGACUACAAGCUCAUCGCCGAGGGUGAUUCUUCCAUGUUGGACUCGGAGGUUGGCGUUGUCCUCGUCGGCCUGGACUUCCACCUGAACUACUUGAAGCUUGCACUAGCCUUUCACUACAUUAAGCGUGGCGCAGUGUUUCUCGCUACAAACAUCGACUCCACGCUGCCGAACUCGGGCACUUUGUUCCCUGGCGCCGGAUCCAUGAGCGCACCACUGAUUAUGAUGCUUGGAUCGGAGCCUACUUCCCUUGGAAAGCCAAGCCAAGCCAUGAUGGAUGCCAUCGAGGGCAAGUUUAGAUUCGAUCGUAGUCGCGCAUGUAUGGUCGGGACCGGCAAGCUGGGCGGCACCCUUGGCGUCUUGACCGGUGUCAGCUCUAAGGACGACUUUGUCUCUGGUGCUGUGCGCCCUCAUGCUUAUUUGGAUAAGCUGUCUGACCUAUUGGAAUCGGGGCUGUGA